AACGGUUCUGCUACUCUCGCUCGAAACCCUAAAUUGUAAAUACGAAUGAUAAGGUUUGGAGUCGGAGUCCUUCGCCUCCGUUUUCCCGCUCCUCGCGUUCUCCACAUUCUCUGCUUCGCUCCCCUCUCUUCAUUCGUCCCUCUUUCUCUCUCCGGUCGCCGCUGCGUUGUACAGUCGUCCUCCUCUUUCGCCGGAGACUCUACAUCUGCGUCGUCAGCGCCGGCCGACAUGGUAGGGAUGAGAUCUCCUCCGGUUGCGAAGAAGGUAGAAAAUGUUAUGGAAAUGUUUGGAGACGUUAGGACGGACAAUUAUUAUUGGCUUCGAGAUGAUUCUCGCUGCAAUCCUGAAGUUUUGUCUUACCUCCGGGAGGAGAACGAGUACACUGAUCUUGUGAUGUCUGGGACCAAAAGUUUUGAGGAUGAGCUCUUUGCCGAGAUAAGAGGGAGGAUCAAAGAAGAUGAUAUAUCUGCACCUCUACGCAAGGGGCCUUACUACUAUUAUAAGAGAAAUCUUGAAGGAAAGGAAUAUGUCCAACAUUGUAGGCGCCUCAUUCCUAACAACAGUACUGAGCCAUCUGUUUACGAUGUUAUGCCAAUUGGUCCAGAUGCUCAUCCGGAGCAUGUAAUAUUGGAUGAGAAUGUCAAGGCCCUAGAACAUGAAUAUUACAGCAUUGGUGCCUUCAAGAUCAGUCCCAAUCACAAAUUGGUGGCAUAUGCGGAAGAUGCUAAGGGAGACGAAAUAUAUACAGUUUAUGUCAUUGAUUCUGAGACUCAAGAAGCUCUAGGACAGCCCCUGAAAGGAGUGACUUGUUAUCUUGAAUGGGCUGGUAAUGAUGCUUUGGUCUACAUAACCAUGGACAAUAUCCUUCGACCCGACAAGGUUUGGCUUCAUAAGUUGGGUACAGAUCAAUCCAGUGAUUUAUGCCUAUACCAUGAGAAGGAUGACAUGUUUUCACUUGAUCUUCAAGCCUCUGAGAGCGAGAAGUAUUUGUUUGUCGCAUCUGAAAGCAAAACCACAAGGUUCAGCUUCUCACUUGAUGUGUCCAAGCCUCAAGAUGGCCUCCAGGUGUUGACACCUCGUGUAGAUGGCAUUGAUACAUCUGUCAGUCAUCGUGGAAAUCACUUCUUUAUUCAGAGAAGAAGUAACGAAUGUUACAACUCAGAGUUGCUCGCUUGCCCGAUACAUGACAUAUCUGAGACAAAUUUGCUGAUUCCACAUAGAGAAAGUGUAAAGAUUCAGGAAAUUAAACUUUUCCGCGGUCACCUCGCGGUGUUUGAGCGUGAGCACGGCCUGCAAAAGAUUACUGUCUAUGGGCUUCCAGCUGUUGACGAGCCACUGAAUAGUCUUCAAGGUGGUCAAAGUGUUAGAUUUGUUGACCCUGUGUAUUCAGUUGAUUCAACCGAGUCCCAAUUUUCUUCCAGUGUUCUGAGAUUUUGUUACAGCUCAAUGAAAACACCUCCUUCUGUGUAUGAUUACGAUAUGAACAGUGGCACUUCUGUUCUCAAGAAGAUUGAAACAGUAUUGGGAGGUUUUGAGGCAUCAAAUUAUGUUACCGAAAGGAAAUGGGCAACUGCUCCAGAUGGAACUCAAAUUCCAAUGUCUAUUGUCUUUAAAAAAGAGCUUGUAAAGCUUGAUGGCUCUGAUCCGUUGCUGCUUUAUGGCUAUGGUUCAUAUGAGAUAUCAGUUGACCCUUAUUUCAAGGCAUCAAGGUUGUCCCUCUUAGAUCGUGGUUUUAUCUAUGUAAUUGCUCAUGUUCGUGGGGGAGGUGAAAUGGGGAGACAGUGGUAUGAGAACGGGAAGCUAUUGAAGAAGAAGAACACAUUUACUGAUUUUAUAGCUUGUGCUGAGCGCUUGAUAGAGCUUAAGUUUUGCUCAAAGGAAAAAUUGUGCAUUAAUGGAAGAAGUGCUGGUGGGUUGCUGAUGGGUGCUGUUCUUAAUAUGAGGCCUGACUUAUUCAAGGUGGCUGUUGCUGGAGUUCCUUUCGUAGAUGUUGUGACAACAAUGCUAGAUCCUACUAUUCCGCUUACAACAUCAGAGUGGGAGGAAUGGGGUGAUCCUCGGAAAGAAGAAUUCUAUUGUUAUAUCAAGUCAUAUUCCCCUGUUGACAAUAUUAAGGCACAGAAUUAUCCAAACAUUCUAGUCACUGCUGGAUUAAAUGACCCAAGAGUCAUGUAUUCUGAACCUGCCAAGUUUGUGGCAAAACUGAGGGAAAUGAAGACCGACAACAACUUACUAUUGUUCAAAUGCGAGCUUGGUGCUGGGCAUUUCUCGAAAUCUGGCAGAUUCGAGAAGCUUCAGGAAGAUGCGUUUACAUAUGCAUUCAUCAUGAAAGCUCUGAAUAUGGUUCCUUCUGGUGGCUUUGCUGCUUCAUGAUCUCUGUUUGGGAAUGAGUUUCUUCAACGACCACAGCUUAAAAGUGGCAGAAGACUCUCGAAUUGAAACACAAAGCAUAGACAUGAAGACUAAAGUGCGAUCUCAAAUCCAUUGCCGAUGCUCAAUGAAUAAUGUUGAAGCAAGUUCUAUAAACUAUUCAACUUGUUCCAUUAUUAAUGUAUGAAUUCUGAUUUUUCUACAAUGAUUCAUAAAAUAUGAUAAAUUUUCUAAUAAGAUCAUAAGUUUGAUAUGAA